ACUGAUAACGUUGUUUACCUAUUUUUUUAACUACAGCUCGUUAUAACAAAUAAUGAAAAUUUUUAAAAAUGUAAACAAAUUUAGGUUCUUGAUAUAAACUUUUUCAACAUUUCUACUUCAAAAUUAUGUCUGUAAAUUUAAAUGAUAUAUUUAUAGGUGAAGUUGCAUCUGUCCAAAACUAUGGGGCAUUCAUUAGAAUACCAGGAAAUAAGCAACAGGGUUUGGUACACCGUACUCAACUGUCUAGAGUAUCUGUAGAUGAUGCCACAGAAGUUUUAUCUAAAGGAGACAAAAUCUGGGCAAAAGUUAUUGGAACUGAUGAUGGAAAAAUUUCUUUGUCUAUGAAAUUAGUCGAUCAAGGUAAUGGUAGAGAUUUAGAUCCUAAUGGUGUUCAGAUGUUCCAAGAUGAACAAAGAAGAAAAUCUCAACCUAAUAUUAAGGGCAAAAGAACAAUCCAAUUAGAUGCUGUGUAUAAUACCAAGUGUGUUAGAUGUGGAACUGGUGGACAUUUAGCUAAAGACUGUUUUAAAGGAACAUCUGGAAAAGUAUAUGAACUUUUACCAGAAGAGGAUGAGAUUAAUAUUGCUCCUGUUCAAUCAAAAUCUGAUGUUCUAGUUAAAAAUGAUACUUUAUCAAUAAAAAGUAGUACAAAAAAGAAAAAAAAGAAAAAGUCUAGUGAGUCAAAAAAAAAAAAAAGAAAGAAAAAGACAUUUAUCAACUUCUUCAUCCAAUAGUUCCAGUUCAGACAAAAGUUCAAAAACAAAAUCAAAGAAACACAAGAAAAAAAAAAGAAUAUAAUUUUUUACUUUAUAUUUGCAAUAUAAUUAGUGAAUAGUUAUUUAAGAUUGUAUUCUGUGAAGUCAAGUUUAAUAAAUUAAUAAGUCAUUUUUAA